AUGGAGCAGCCUGUUGCGAGAUCGAGAGGUCGUCCGAGGAAACGGAGAAAGGAGGAUGAGAAGGACAGCAAAUCUGUUCCCGACGCUAAGAGGCAAGCGUUGGAGAGGAAACCAGUUGCAUUGGUUGGAAGGUACGUGCUAAAGAAGUUCCCUAGGAAUGGUGUUUUUCUAGGGAAAGUAGUGAGUUAUGAAUGCGGUCUAUAUAGAGUCAUUUAUGAAGACGGCGACUUUGAGGAUUUAGAGAGUGGGGAAAUCCGGCCGAUUCUUGUAAGUGAUGCUGUUGAUUUUGACGCCGGUAUGGUAAAGAGGAGGACAAAAUUAGAGAAAUUAGUAUUGCAGAAUAGGGCUAAGGCUGCAGAUGUGGCUGAUACGGGUUCACCAAAACCCGUGAAGGAGGAAUCUGCUGUUGAUGUGACUGAUCCUAGUGAAUUGAAUGGUGGAUCAUCAAUUGAAAAUGAUAAGGAUGAGGAUGAUGGGGCUGAUGAUGAUUGUGUCUCUGUUUCUGAGGCUGAGACAGCGUCUUUGCCACCGCCGCCAUUAUUGCCACCGUCAUCUGGAACUAUUGGUGUGCCGGAGCUAAGUGUCUCCCAUCUUUUUUCUGUCUAUGGAUUUUUAAGAUCAUUCAGCACUCGAUUGUUUCUUCAUCCCUUUACUUUGGAUGAUUUUGUUGGUUCUCUUAAUUGUCAAUUCUCUAAUAAUUUGUUUGAUGCUAUUCACUUUUCUCUGAUGCGGGUGUUGAGGCGUCAUCUUGAAACCCUGUCGCCUGAGGGAUCCGAGCUUGCAUCACAAUGCCUUAGGUGCUACGAUUGGAACAUGCUCGAUUCAUUGACUUGGCCUGUUUUUGUCAUUCUGUAUUUGUUCGUCAAUGGGUUCACGAAAGGACCCGAAUGGAAAGGAUUUUACGAUGAGGUUUUUAGUGGCGAAUAUUAUUUGUUGCCUGUAAGUAGGAAGUUAGUGAUACUGCAAAUUCUUUGUGAUGAUGUUUUGGAAUCUGAUGAGCUGAAAACUGAAAUGAGCAUGCGAAAGGAGUCAGAGGUCGGUAUGGAUUCUGAUGCAGAAGAUAUCCUUCCUGCAGAAACAGGCCCCAGAAAAGUCCAUCCAAGAUAUGCCAGGACCUCUUUUUGUGAGGAUAAAGAAGCUAUAAAAUUGGUUUCAGCAUCAAUUGCUGUAAACCAACCUGGUAAUUCUAUUUCACAUUGCAGAGAAAUAGAUAGCACUGGGGAUGGGGAUGCUGAUAGAAAUGGAGAUGAUUGUCGCCUCUGUGGUAUGGACGGAACCCUUCUUUGCUGUGAUGGGUGUCCCUCUGCUUAUCAUUCAAGGUGUAUUGGUGUAAUGAAAAUGUUUAUACCAGAAGGACCAUGGUAUUGUCCAGAGUGCAAAAUCAACAUGGCUGGGCCCACAAUUGCAAAGGGAACCUCACUUAGAGGGGCUGAAAUAUUUGGAAAGGAUUUGUAUGGGCAGCUCUUCAUGGGCACAUGCGACCACUUACUCGUGCUUAACAUUGACAACAAUGAAGUUUGUCUUAGAUAUUACAAUCAGAAAGACAUCCCUAAAGUUGUCCAAGUGCUUUAUGAAUCCAUGCUACACAGGCCAAUGUACUAUGAUAUUUGCAUGGCUGUGUUACAAUAUUGGAAUGUUGCAGAAAAGUUCUUACCUCUUCCUCUUUCAACUGAAACAAAUAUAAAGGAUGAGUCACAAUUUCCUGCUCUUUUACUUCCUCCUCCAAGCGAAGACAACCAUAAGCCUGUUAGUUUGGUCCAGGGAGAGAACUCUCCAACUACUGCAAGUUUGAUUCACAAUAGUAAUAUGGUGUCUUCUAUUGAUGCUUUAGAAAUAAUAACUCAAAGUCCUGCUCUUGAAAGCAGUGGCAUUGCUAGAAGUGAGGUCCUUACUAUGAAUAAAAACCUUGGUGAGGAAACUAGAAUGGAGGCAAUAAUUUCAGCUGGUUCUGUUAGUCAUCAGUCCAACCUGAACUUUCAGAAUUCUGUCAAUAUGUCAACUGCUGUAGAUGCCACUAAGUGCUCUUUGAUAAACAGUCAAUUAAGUAAUUGUGUCCAUGCAAAUGAUAUGGGGCUGCCUUUGAAUUUUUCUUCGCAAAACAAAGAAAGUGCCCAAUUAGGUUUUGGAAAGUGUGAAUACAAUGCAAAUGCUGAUUUUUGUUACAUGGGUUUCUUGUAUAAACCCAUGUCAUACAUAAAUUACUAUAUGCAUGGUGAUUUUUCUGCAUCAGCAGCUUCCAAGUUUGCCAUCGUUUCUUCAGAGGAAUCUAGGUCAGAGGGUCUUGCGUCAGACAGCCAGAAGAAAACUGCAUCAGCAUAUACUUAUAUGCAAGCAAAAGCAUUCUCACUAGCAGCUUCACGUUUCUUUUGGCCUAGUUCUGAAAAAAAGCUCGUGGAGGUUCCAAGAGAGAGGUGUGGUUGGUGCAUUUCCUGUAAAGCCCCUGUUGCUAGCAAGAGAGGGUGCAUGUUAAAUCAUGCUCUUAUAAGUGCGACAAAAAGUGCUGUGAAAAUCCUUGCUACUUUUUCUCCUAUAAGAAGUGGAGAGGGAAUUCUUCCUAGCACCAUUGCAACCUACCUUUUAUAUAUGGAGAAUUGUUUACAUUGUCUAGUCGUUGGCCCCUUCACAAAUGCAAGCUUUCGAAAGAACUGGCGUAAGCAAGUGGAACAUGCCACAACAUAUAGUGCUAUCAAGCCACUUCUACUCAAACUUGAGGAGAACAUUCGAGUCGUUGCUUUUUGUGCCGACUGGGUUAAGCUGAUGGAUGAUUGGUCGGUCGAAUUUCCCACUAUGCAAAGUGCCACAUCUACUCUUGGAACAACUCAGAAACGUGCACCAAGUGGGAGGCGGCAUAAAAAGAAGUCAUCUAUUGAUGAAGCUACAGUUAAUGUUACUAAGGAAGGUAUGUGGUGGCGUGGUGGGAAAGUUACCAAGUAUAUUUUUCAGAAUGCAGCUUUGCCGAAAUCCAUGGUCAGAAAAGCAGCCCGCCAAGGUGGUUCUAGGAAAAUUUCUGGUAUUGUAUAUGCCGAUGGCUCUGAAAUUCCGAAAAGAAGUAGACAGCUUGUUUGGAGAGCUGCAGUUCAAAUGAGUAGGAAUGCCUCACAGCUGGCACUCCAGGUCAGAUGUCUAGAUUCUUAUCUUAGAUGGAGUGAUCUGAUUCGUCCAGAGCAGAACAUACAGGAAGGGAAAGGUCAAGAGACUGAAGCUUCUGCUUUCCGAAAUGCAAAUAUUUGUGACAAAAAACUUGUAGAGGGAAAAGUUUGUUAUGGAAUAGCUUUUGGGAGCCAAAAGCAUCUUCCUAAUCGGGUGAUGAAAAGUGUUGUUGAAAAAGAGCAUGGCCCAUUGGGAAAAGAAAAGUAUUGGUUUUCUGAAACUCGCAUUCCUUUAUAUUUGGUAAAAGAGUAUGAAGAAGGUAAUGAAAAGGUUCCAUGUGAAGAGCAGUAUAGUGGUGCAUCUCAGUUGCAUAGAAGGCGGUUGAAAGGUACCUGCAAAGGCUGCAAUAACAUAUUCUUUUACCUCGUUUGCAAGAAAGAUAACUUGGCAUUCUCGUGCUCUUCAUGUCGGAUGGCCAUUUCAAUUCGGAAUGCUCACAAGUGUAAUGCAUGUCAAGGUUAUUGUCAUGAGGACUGUUCCAUAAGCUCAGUCUUGAGACUCUCUACAAAUGGGAGAGUUGAGUGCUUGACCACAUGCAAACGAUGUCACCAUGCCAAGUUACUUUCUCCAAAUGUAACUAGCAAUGAAUCUCCAACCAGUCCCUUAAUCUUACAGAGACAGGAAACCAGCACUGGGACUGGGAUUAUUUUUAAGGGACCAAGGCCAAAGGCCAGUCAUUCUGAUGUGAAACAAGUCAAUUCCAUGUCAGGUUUGAAAGGAUCUAAGCGUAAAUCUCAUGAUCAAACUUCGACUUCUACCAAGAAAAAGAAUAGUCAUCCUGACACAAAACAAGCCGUGGUUGAUUCUACUUCGGCAUCAAUCAACCGUCGCAACAAUAAUUGUUCUUGGGGUAUAAUAUGGAAAAGGAAAGGUUAUGAAGAUACAAACAUUGAUUUUAGGAUAAAAAACAUAUUAUUAAAGGGAGGAUCAAACACACCUGAUUUGUCUCCUGUUUGUCACUUAUGCAAAAAUGACUAUAGGUCAGAUCUAAUGUAUAUUUGCUGCGAGACAUGCCAAAAUUGGUAUCAUGCUGAAGCUGUUGGACUUGACGAAUCCAAAAUUUCGGAUGUGUUGGGCUUCAAAUGCUGCAAGUGUCGCAGGAUAAAAUCACCUGUCUGUCCUUACUCCGAUUCAAAACCAAAGUCAGAAGUUAAGAAAUCACGCAGGAAGGCUUCAAAGAAGCAACAUUCUGGACCUGAUUCUGAUUCUGGAGCAUUUAAUGAUAUGAGAGAGUCUGAACCUGCUACUCCUGUGUUUCCUGUGGAGAAUGAUCCUUUACUUUUCUCUCUUGCAAAUGUUGAGCUGAUUACAGAACCUAAUAAUUUAGAUUCGGAUGAGUGGAACACUCUCUCUAUGCCAGGGCCUCAGAAAUUACCUGUGAGAAGGCAUGUUAAGCAUGAAGGGGGUGGCGAUGGUUCUGUUUCAGGAAUACCUUUUCAUGACGAAUUUUCAACAUACAGUGAAGCAGGUAGCCUGUCAAAUCCUGCAGAUUCGAUAUUACCUUUAGAUUACGACUCUGCUGAUUUUGACAGCAAUCUGCUGAGCAACUCUGAAUUUGUAAAUAAUGAUGACAACAUGUUUAACGAUAAUACCAUCUUCGAUGUAAAUGACCUGCUGCGCUCAGAUGACAGCCAGAUUGGUGAAGGUGAUGUGACUGAGGAAUUAUUGGGAUACAACAUGGACCAGAAUAAUGAAGGUGAUGUGCCUGGGGAAUUAUUGGGAUACAACAUGGACCAGAAUAAUGAAGGUGAUGUGCCUGGGGAAUUUUUGGGAUACAACAUGGAGAAUUCUGGUACCCCUGUUCCUGAAGAAUUUGGAGAUGGCAAUUUCUUUUGUUCUAAAUGUUUACAAACUGAACCUGGCCCUGAGUUUUUUUGUGGGACUUGUGGGGUUUUGUACCAUGCCCAUUGUUUGCCUUGGCCUGAAUCAGCUUCCGAUCCUUUACAUUGGACAUGUCAGACUUGCCGGGAUUGGCAAUAA